UCGGUGUACGUUUUCGAUGUAGAAUUCACGGCUUACACAGUAUAGUAAUGUGCGUUUUAUGUGUAAUAGUGUUUUUUUUUUUCAUUUUGCCUCCUCGAAGCGUCCCGCCGCAAGUAGAACAUGAUUGGCGAGGCGUUAGGUCUCGAUCGUAGUUCAUUUUUAAAUUUAAACGGCUAUUUCCGCAUCACACUCCGUCUGUCAAUAAUAGGGUGCACUACGUUUUAUAUGUGGCUGUAACACGAUCAGUUACCUACCUCAACAACAGCUGCAAUGCUGACGAAGAAAGUCCAAAAAUGGGACUUGGGAGAAUAUAUUGGAACAAAAUAGAAGCCGCCUACUGUAUAGUGUCAACGUGCGUUUAUGCACUGGCGAGGCUCGUGUCCAAUUACAUGCAAAUAUCGAGAAAGCCGUUCGAAGCCCACACGACGACGACGACGACGACACCCGACGGCCAACGAAGCAAAAUAUACAAAACGGUCGCCGAUGUCCCAGGGCCAAGGUCCUUACCUGUGUUCGGUACCAGAUGGAUCUAUUGGAAGUUCGGCUUGUACAAACUGAACGCAGUACAUUUGGCUUACAAAGAUAUGUUCGCUCGGUAUGGCAAAAUUAUUCGCGAAGAAGCCUUGUGGAACGUACCCGUCAUUAGCGUUAUGGAUCGAGACUUCAUUGAACGAGUGCUAAGGCAUAGUGGCAAAUAUCCGAUCCGACCUCCGAACGAAGUCACUGCAAACUAUAGGAAAUCUCGACCGGACCGAUACACUAACCUUGGAUUGGUCAAUGAGCAAGGUGAGACUUGGGCGAUAUUGAGAAAUAAAUUGACUCCGGAAUUAACCAGUCCGAGAACAAUACGACGUUUCUUGCCCGAAGUCAAUCAACUCGCUGACGAUUUCAACACGUUAAUUGCCCAAGCCAGAGAUGGUGACGGUGUCGUCAAGGGGUUUGAAUCUUACUGUAACCGGAUGGGUCUAGAGAGCACGUGCACUUUGAUCCUAGGCAGAAGAUUUGGAUUUUUGGAUGAAGAGAUCAACGAAAUGGCUACAAGUCUGGCGGACUCUGUGACUAAUCAGUUCCGAGCAUCGCAGGAAGCAUUCUACGGGCUUCCACUGUGGAAGCUGUUCCCCACAAAGGCUUACAAAGAUUUCGUGGUCAGCGAAAACGCCAUUUACGACAUCGUUUCGGAUAUUGUGGAUUCGGCGCUCAACGACGAACUCCAGUCCUGUAUGGAUGUACGUAGUGUGUUCGUAUCCAUACUACAGGCGUCCGAGUUGGACAACAGAGAUAAGAAAGCGGCGAUAAUCGAUUACAUCGCUGCCGGAAUUAAGACUUUAGGAAACACCCUAGUGUUUUUGCUCUACUUGGUCGCCAAACAUCCUGAUGUUCAGGAAAAAAUCUACGACGAGGUAACGAAACUAGCGCCCGCGGGUACGCCGAUAACCGCUGAACACUUACACAAUGCUACGUACUUGCACGCUUGCAUUUCAGAGGCCCAUAGGCUGUUGCCCACAGCGCCUUGUAUUGCAAGAGUGUUGGAGACGUCGUUUGAGUACGGCAAUUAUCGACUACCUACUGGGACGGUCGUUUUGCUUCACACGUGGUUGGCGUGCCUGGACGAAAACAAUUUCAACGACGCUUCGUCGUACAAGCCGGAAAGGUGGUUGGACGAGCUAACAAAGAAAUCGCCAUUCCUGGUGGUACCGUUCGGAUGUGGCAAGCGAAUGUGUCCGGGAAAACGGUUCGUCGAACUGGAACUACAAGUCGUCUUGGCUAAGAUGGUCAAACAAUUUCACAUCGACUUUAAGGGACAACUUAACACCGAAUUUGAAUUUCUAUUGACGCCCAGUAAUGCAGAUUUAAUCUUACGAGAUAGAGGCUGUUGAAAUAUGGUUUCAACAAUUUAUAUUAUAUUGUAGAGUUCUAUUUCCACGUCUGAUUGUAUCGGUAGCAAAUAAAAGCUGCUACUUGCAGUGUUGCCGUGUCGUUUCGAUGUUUACCUCAUAAUAAUUUAUGUAAAACAAUAAAUAACUACACAGAUGUAUAUAAUUAUAAUUUAUUUUUUAUACUCUAUAAUUAUAUAUUCGUGCGUAUUUGUUUCGUGUUUUCCAUAAACAUUUUAUGACUUUCAUUAUUAUUGAUUUGUUAUUUAACUUUGUAAAAAAAAUACAAAUUAUUUAUAAUAAUAAUUAUUUCUUUUUAGGUAAUAAUUUAUGUUUCAUUGUUACCUCUAUAUUUUUUUUCACUUUUGUCGUAACGAUUUCCUUUAUUUUUUGUACCAAGUUUAUUGUUGUGAUAAAAAUAUGUAUAAAUCAUUUUUUUAACAAUUAUUAUUAUUAUAUUGUGUACUUCGAUUGAUGUCGAUUGUUUGCAUAAAUCAAACCACCAUGAGUGUUAUUUGUUUCAAAUUAUGUUGAAUAUGUUUAAUAAAAUUACAUCUAGUUAUUAUUAUUAUUAUUAUAAAGUAUUACUUUAUUGAAAAUAAAAUUAUCUUUAAUA